AGAAAUAAUAAUAACAAAAAAAACAGUAACAAUGCAAUCAUUGGGACAGCAGCGAUUUGGUGUCAACACAGCGCAACAUAUGCCUCAGCCUGCUCAACUAUCAUCAAAUGACAGAGAAAGAGUGUAUCAAUGGAUUUUGGAACUAGCAAGUCCAGAAACGAGAGAACAUGCAUUAUUAGAAUUAAGCAAAAAAAGAGAAGUGGUUUCUGAUUUAGCUCCAAUGCUGUGGCAUUCAUUUGGUACAAUUGCAGCAUUGUUGCAAGAGAUUGUUAACAUAUAUCCAAUGGUUAAUCCACCAAACUUAACAGCACAUCAAUCAAACAGAGUGUGCAACGCGCUUGCUUUGCUUCAGUGUGUUGCUUCUCAUCAAGAGACACGGUCACCGUUUUUGCAAGCACAAAUCCCUUUGUUUUUGUACCCAUUUCUUCACACAACCAGCAAAACAAGACCUUUUGAAUAUUUGAGACUGACUAGCCUUGGGGUUGUUGGUGCUCUAGUAAAGACCGAUGAUCAAGAGGUUAUCACCUUUUUAUUGUCAACGGAAAUUAUCCCUCUGUGCCUACGAAUCAUGGAGUCAGGAAGUGAACUUUCGAAAACCGUUGCCACGUUUAUAUUACAGAAGAUUCUACUGGAUGAUACUGGCUUGUCUUAUAUUUGUCAAACUUAUGAAAGAUUCUCUCAUGUAGCUAUGAUAUUGGGAAAAAUGGUACUCGCACUUUCAAAAGAACCUUCGCCUCGAUUACUCAAACAUGUUGUUCGAUGUUACCUACGUUUGUCCGAUAACCCAAGGGCUCGUGAAGCGCUACGACAAUGUCUUCCGGAAUAUUUAAAGGACAACACGUUCGCCAAUUGCUUAAAAGAUGAUACCUCCACGAAACGCUGGCUAGCACAGCUUAUGAAAAAUUUACAGGAUGUACCAACACCGUCUAUGGCUGAUCCUAGAGGUAUCCCGUUGCCUCCGUAAUUGUGGCGAAUAAUGAGAACCGAUAAAAUCUAAAGUAGUAAAGAUGACAGAGUCCAGUUCCUGAUGAAUUAUCGAGAAAAUUUUGUCUUUUUUAACCAGACGUUUAAAAUAUUUUAUGAAUGAAUUAGUUGAAAUAAAUUUAUUAACGUUUUUAUAGAACAAGUUUUUAGUGUUAAUUUUAACGGUAGUGCUCAGGGUUGCGGUCUGAUAACGUGAACUUUUAUACCCUCCAUACACUAGCUUUAAUACCAAAUUUGUAUCCACAGUACCAUGUUUUACGUUGUUUAAGCAAAAGUUGUGUUUAUACAUUCUCUUUGUCAGACUCAAAGGAGUCCCUUCGAUAUGCUUUUCUUGAGUAUUUAAUCUUAUUGCAUUUUGUCUUCAAGAAAAUAACAACAUUGAUGCAAUUUAAAAGUUAGUAUCCCUUCGUGAUUUUAAACUUGGAUUUGUCAGGUCAACAAAGCUGUCUAAACAGUUGCAAACCUUGUAUUUUAUGUUAUUUUAACAAAUGAGACAAUUUUCUCGUUGCGUUAUUUAUGACAAUAUUGUGUUUUUAUAUCGUUUGAAGACAACCUUGUUUGUUUUUACAAUAUGUAAACAUCUUACUUUCUUCAUAAAUUCCGUAUUCGUACUAAA